UCUCUCUCUCUCUCUGCCAUUCUCUCCUCCCUCUCUCUCUCUGCCGUUCUCUCUCUGUUUGUAGAAAAUAUGGUGAGAAAAGAGCUUGUAGUAUCAGUUCCAAGCUAUUUCAGAUGCCCAAUCUCUCUAGACGUGAUGAAAUCGCCAGUAAGCCUUUGUACGGGCGUUACCUACGACCGUUCCAGCAUCCAGAAAUGGAUCGACAGCGGCCACAACACAUGCCCUGCGACCAUGCAACCGCUUCUCACCAAAGAUUUCACCCCAAACCGAACCCUCCAAACCCUCAUCCGUUCCUGGCAAUCCUCUCUCUCUCAAUCCAAUCCCACCGUCCAUCUACUCUCCCCACACCAAGCUCUUUCCCUCCUACAUCAACUAGGCCCCACCACCACUCCACCCCUCCAUUCUCUUUCCAAAAUCGCCUCCUUCAUCGACCAGGACCCCAUCAAGAACCGAGACUUCCUCGUCAAUGCCGGCUGCGUCCCUAUCCUCAUCGGGGUUUUCCGCGAUUACAACCAACGGUUGGAUGUCGCUGAAGCCGUUGUUAGGGUCUUACGUCUCGUUUUGACGGAUUCGAUCGAGGCGGGGGUAAUGGAUUUGAUUGAUCGGAAUUGGCUACUUGCCGUUCUGCGGAGAGGGAGCGUCGAAGCGAGGAUCGAUUCGGCAAGGAUUCUCGAGCUGGUGUUUGUAGUCUGCAAUGAUGAUCGCUCCGUUACGGAAUUGGAAGGGGUUUUGUUUGAAUUGUUACGGUUGAUGAAUUUGGAGAAUGAUAAAGAAGCGGCCGAUGCCGGAUUGUCGUGUUUGAUCGCUGUAUCCGCGCGACGGAAGCUCAGAUCGCAGAUCGUACGGCUCGGGGCGAUCCGUGUGAUUGGGAAUUUGCUAUCUGGUUCGGAAUCCGCAGGUGUUGCUGAGAAGGCACUGAAGAUGCUCGAGAUGUUGUCUGGCUGCGCUGAGGGUAGGGCGGCGAUAUGUGAGGAUCCGACGUGCGUCCCAGCGAUUGUGGGGCGGAUGUUGAAAGUGUCGGAUGCCGCCACGGAGCGGGCGGUGGUGGUGUUGUGGAGCAUUUGCCAUCUGUUCAGGGAUCGGAAAGCACAGGAGGCGGUCACGAGGAGCAAUGGAUUGACGAAGAUCCUGCUUCUGAUGCAGAGCAAUUGCUCGCCGGCAGCUCGACAGAUGUGUGGUGAUCUGGUGAAGAUUUUUCGGGUGAAUUCGAAGAGCUGCCUCUCGAGCUAUGAUACUAAGACGACGCAUAUCAUGCCUUUCUGAAUUGUAGAGUGUUUGGAUUUUGAUGGGAGUGAGGAAGAAAGGUGGAGAGAUUGUAAAAACAAAGGCGAAAUUUGUUUUGAUUUUGAUAGCAAUCCAUAUAAAACACAAUUCAUUUGGAU